GUGUACUGGUUUUAUAUUGAUUGCUAUAAUAUCUGCCGCCCCAAAGACUAAUAACGGUAAAACUUCGUACGAUGGAUUCAGGCUUCAUCAAGCUUACUGUAAUUUCCUUCUUUAUCCCCAAAAAAUUGAAGAAAACAUCGUACGAGUGCUCAGCUAGGAACUCCCAACACUCAAACCCUUAAUGAAAUCCAAACUCCAAUCUUCCCGAGCAUGCAUGUGAUGUAAAGAGACGGUGCAGCUCAAAGCAUAAAGAGAAUCACAGAGCUCUGCCCUCUAUUCCGCACCUCAAUGCUUCAAGUAAGUUCAAUUUUCAUGGAAUAAUCUCAUAACUGUUCCACUUACUGGUCAUUUUGGAUACCCCUAUUGUUUUCUAAUUCCAUCCUAAUAUCAAACUUAUAGUUACAGUUUAUGUUGAAAUUUGGUCAGUGUCCACAAAUGGGUUCCAUUUAAAAAAGUCUUUCAACACCUCUAAUUUUGGCUCUGAUCAUUGUGAUAUACUCCCUAGUGUCUGGUUCGGCAACAAACCCUAAUGUAUGACUUACCCAUGUUUCAGCGGGCACUGCUACAUCCUAAAUUUUCGUUUUCUAAACAGAACUGGGUUAGCUGGGAUUUUCAUUAUUUAAACUUAAAACUGCUGCCGUCAAUUUUUAUUCAGACUGCUAAACUCUCUAGGAAAUCAGGGGUAGAGCCCCAGGCUGAAAUUCCAGUGAAUGUGAAGCACCAAGUUCAGCAAGUGCUUCAAGAUUAUCUUUACUACACAAGGGAAUUUAACUUUACUGAUGCCAGAGAUAUUAGCAUCAAUGCCCCAUGUUUUAUACACAAGCUGUUGUCCAGAGUACGUCAAAAGAAGGACUUAACCCGAGCCCUUAAGAAACGUCUGCUUUAUAAUCCAAUUAAUGAGUUUGAGCCCUUCUUUGAAAGCAUUGGUAUAAAGCCUUGUGAUAUCCAUAGCUUGUUGCCUCAGGAUCAGCUGUUUAUGAAGGAAAGCCAAGCCUUGCUUGCAGCCGUGUCAACUUUGAGCAACAUUGGAUUUCCAAGGCAGGAGCUUGGGAAACUUUACAAAGAGCACCCAAAUGUAUUCAUCUGUUCUUCAAAAGAACUCCAAAAUAAACUGCAAUUCUAUGAGAAUCUUGGAGUCAGUAAGGCUUCUCUUGUGAGAAUCAUAAUCAGUUGUCCAUCAGUUCUUAAUGAUGAUCUGUAUAGAAAUUUCAUGGUAGUUAUUAUUGGUUUGAACUGUUUCCAACUGGAGAAAAGCAGAAAUUCUUGUUUGAUGGAUUCAAAUCUGCACAACAGGGGUAUUACUUUGGAAAACUUGAUGCUUUUAGUGGGUAUCGGUUGCUCUUGGGAUGAGAUAAGUAAGUUCUUUUAUACCAAGAGUGACCUCCUUAACAACGGUUCAGAAGAAUCUCUACGCUCAAUAAUAGAAUUUUUGUCAAGCUUAGGAAUACAGAGGGAAAAUAUUUGCAGCUGUGUCCUUACGUGUCCCGAAAUUCUGAAUCCUGAACUAGUCAAAUCUAUGGAGAUAGGUGCUGCAAGUGUUGGACUAUACCAGGAGACAAGAGAGAAAAUUGAUUCUUAUAGGGGCAAAUUGAUUAAGCUUCUUGAAUGCACAGUUGGAAUGGUUUUUGAAAAGCAGAAUUUUUCUGCGUUUAUUAAAAAACAUCUCAAGAAUCCAUUGUGGAAAGUUGAUCCAAAAAAUAUUCAGUUUAUGUUAUCGGAUGGAGUCAAUGUAGUUAAUAAAGCCAGUCCAAAAAAUCCAGAAAAUAUUCAGCUUAUGUUAUUGGACGGAGUAGAUGUAGUUAAUAAAGCGAGUCCAGAAAAUUUUCAAAGCAUAAUGAUGGAAGGAGUAGAUUUAGCUAAUAGAAAGAAAGAUCUAGUUGUUGACCGCUUUCUACAAAAGCAUUCUGCAUCUGUUCGAGAAAUACAAAUGUGUGAACAUUUACAUCGACUUAUUCCAAGGCACACCCUGAACAUUUUCUUGAAAGUAGGCUUAGCCAAAAGCUCUAAAAAGAUGAAUGAAGCUGUGAGCAGGAUUGAAUGUACAUCAGAUAAGCUGCAGGAGCGAUUCAGUUAUUUGCUGGGACUUGGAUUGCCAUUUUGUGCUGUUUGUAAGAUACUCUGGUGGUCACCUACUAUAUUGAGCCAAAGUUUGAAUUCACUUCAAAAGAAAGCUGAUUUUCUUUUUAGAUCUGUAAGCAACCCACUCCAGGUUCUUGAAUCAUAUCCAAUAUACUUGAAUUAUAGUCUUAAGCGUAGAAUCAUGCCAAGGUACAAACUUUAUAAAUGGCUGAGAUCUAAUAAUGUUCUUAAGUCGGAGCUUGGCAUCACGUCUAUCAUUAGGCUAUCAGAGAAAAGCUUUGAGAAAAAAUAUGUAAUGAUUCACUCUGAAGGGAGGAACUAUUUCAGACAAUGCAUGCUCACAUGUGAACAUGCUUCAUCUCCUCAAGAAAAUCUUGGAGUAGAAGUAGUUGAUAAAGCCGGUCCAGAAAAUUUUCAAAGCUUAAUGAUGGAAGGUGGAGAUUUAGUUAAUAGAAAGACAGACCUAAUUGUUGACAGCUUUCCACAAAAGCAUUCUGCAUCUGUUCGAGAAAUACAAAUAUGUGAACAUUUACAUAGGCAUAUUCGAAGGCAUACCCUGAACAUUUUCUUGAAAGUAGGCUUAGCCAAAAGCUCUAAAAAGAUGAAUGUAGCUGUGAGCAGGAUUGAAUGUACAUCAGAUAAGCUGCAGGAGCGAUUCAGUUAUUUGCUGGGACUUGGAUUGCCAUUUUGUGCUGUUUGUAAGAUACUCUGGCGGUCGCCCACUAUAUUCAGUCAAAGUUUGAAUUCACUUCAAAAGAAAGCUGAUUUUCUUUUCAGAUCUGUAAACAACCCACUCCAGGUUCUUGAAUCAUAUCCAAAAUACUUAAAUUACAGUCUUGAGCGUAGAAUCAUGCCCAGGUACGAACUUUACAAAUGGUUGAGAACAAACAAUGUUCUUAAGUCGGAGCUUGGCAUCAUGUCCAUCAUUAAGUUAUCAGAGAAAAGUUUUGAGAAAAAAUAUCUAAAGCUUCACCCUAAAGGAAGUAAGUAUUUCAGGCAAUGCAAUCUCACAUACGAGCACGCUUCAUCUGCUCAAGAAAAUCAUGGAGUAGAUGUAGUUGAUAAAGCCAGUCCAGAAAAUUUUCAAAGGUUAAUGAUGGAAGGGGGAGAUUUAGCUAAUAAAAAGAAAGACCUAAUUGUUGACAGCUUUCCACAAAAGCAUUCUGCAUCUGUUCGAGAAAUACAAAUAUGUGAACAUUUAAAUAGGUGUAUUCGAAGGCACACCCUGAACAUUUUCUUGAAAGUAGGCUUAGCCAAAAGCUCUAAAAAGAUGAAUGUAGCUGUGAGCAGGAUUGAGUGUACAUCAGAUAAGCUGCAGGAGCGAUUCAGUUAUUUGCUGGGACUUGGAUUGCCAUUUUGUGCUGUUUGUAAGAUACUCUGGUGGUUGCCCACUAUAUUCAGCCAAAGUUUGAAUUCACUUCAAAAGAAAGCUGAUUUUCUUUUCAGAUCUGUAAGCAACCCACUCCAGGUUCUUGAAUCAUAUCCAAAAUACUUAAAUUACAGUCUUGAGCGUAGAAUCAUGCCCAGGUAUGAACUUUACAAAUGGUUGAGAACAAAUAAUGUUCUUAAGUCGGAGCUUGGCAUCAUGUCCAUCAUUAAGUUAUCAGAGAAAAGUUUUGAGAAAAUAUAUGUAAAGCUUCACCCUAAAGGGAGUAAGUAUUUCAGGCAAUGCAAGCUCACAUACGAACAUGCUUCAUCUGCUCAAGAAAAUCAUGGAGUAGAUGUAGGUGAUAAAGCCAGUCUAGAAAAUUUUCAAAGGUUAAUGAUGGAAGGUGGAGAUUUAGCUAAUAAAAAGAAAGACCUAAUUGUUGACAGCUUUCCACAAAAGCAUUAUGCAUCUGUUCGAGAAAUACAAAUAUGUGAACAUUUAAAUAGGUGCAUUCGGAGGCACACCCUGAACAUUUUCUUGAAAGUAGGCUUAGCCAAAAGCUCUAAAAAGAUGAAUGUAGCUGUGAGCAGGAUUGAAUGUACAUCAGAUAAGCUGCAGGAGCGAUUCAGUUAUUUUCUGGGACUUGGAUUGCCAUUUUGCGCUGUUUGUAAGAUACUCUGGUGGUCGCCCACUAUAUUCAGCCAAAGUUUGAAUUCACUUCAAAAGAAAGCUGAUUUUCUUUUCAGAUCUGUAAGCAACCCACUCCAGGUUCUUGAGUCAUAUCCAAAAUACUUAAAUUACAGUCUUGAGCGUAGAAUCAUGCCCAGGUAUGAACUUUACAAAUGGUUGAGAACAAAUAAUGUUCUUAAGUCGGAGCUUGGCAUCAUGUCCAUCAUUAAGGUAUCAGAGAAAAGUUUUGAGAAAAAAUAUGUAAAGCUUCACCCUCAAGGGAGUAAGUAUUUCAGGCAAUGCAAGCUCACAUACGAGCAUGCUUCAUCUGCUCAAGAAAAUCAUGGAGUAGAUGUAGUUGAUAAAGCCAGUCCAGAAAUUUUUAAACUGCAGGAGCGAUUCAGUUAUUUACUGAGACUUGGAUUGCUAUUUUGUGCUGUUUGUAAGAUACUCUGGUGGUCGCCUACUAUAUUCAGCCAAAGUUUGAAUUCACUUCAAAAGAAAGCUGAUUUUCUUUUCAGAUCUGUAAACAACCCACUCCAGGUUCUUGAAUCAUAUCCAAAAUACUUGAAUUACAGUCUUGAGAGUAGAAUCAUGCCCAGGUACAAACUUUAUAAAUGGCUGAGAACAAAUAAUGUUCUUAACUCUGAGCUUGGCAUCAUGUCCAUCAUUAAGUUAUCAGAGAAAAGUUUUGAGAAAAAAUAUGUAAAGCUUCACCCUAAAGGGAGUAAGUAUUUCAGGCAAUGCAAGCUCACACACGAGCAUGCUUCAUCUGCUCAAGAAACAUGAAGGUUUGAAAUUUAUGAGGGGUUGAUUCAAGGCAUGUGGUAAGCAUUCUCUUCAAAGCAGGCUUAGCAGAAAACUCUGAGCUAAUGAUUAAAGUUACCGUUGGGAUUCCCUGCACAGGCAGCGAGUAGCAGGAGUGGUUUGACUAUCUUGUGGGACUUGGAAUACCCUCUCUUUCUUUUUGUAAGAUCAAAUUAAAGCCUGCAUUCCACUCAAAACAAAGUGGAUUUUCUUUACAGGUUCGAAUGCAAUCUGCUCCAUUUUCUAGAUUCGUUUCUAGAGAUCCUGCACGGCAGUCUUGAUCAUGGAGUAAUGCCAAGAUUCAAAAUUAAUGAAUAUCUACGGACACAAAGUGUGCUCAAAAGUCAGAUAUUUCUUUCAGUUUUAUCAGAAAAAGACUUAAUGCAGAAAUUUGUAAAUGAUUACCUCGAAGUGGGAAACAAUUUCAGGUAUUGAAAUACGAAGGAGGAUGCUGCACCUCCUCAAGAAAUGUGAGUCAGUAUAUAGCAUCCAGCAUCACUAUUUUUAUUUUUUGUUAAAGUGUGAAAGAAAAGGCAAACAAAAUAUAGAAGCUUAAUUAACAAAUUAUCCGUAGUGCUGGCAAGUUGUGAAGGAACAACUUUUUCAAUGAAUACCAAAUCGCCAUCAGAUUUUCCAAAGUAGCUCCCAGAAGACAGAGUUUGGUGUGUACAAGUUGCUCUUUCUAUCUAACGUCUUAGAAGUCCACUUAAGUAGAUGCCCAUAGAACUCUAAAUUAUGUCUCAGAAUCCCAAAAAGUUUUGAAGUAUUCUCAAACUUGUUUAUGACAUUGCAGCAUGAACAUAUGUCUCUGGUAGUGCACUCUAUCGCUAUAAUCAUCUCGAGUUACAGUAUCUUUUCAUGACACAAUUGGAGGAAUAUAUUUCCCUCUUAAAUCAUGAUUUGAUAUCCAUGAUAUUUAUGCUGAUUUUAAUUUGUGGGAAUACCCCUA